AUGUUUACCAACAACGGCAACUCAUUCUGCCGUUCUAGUGUGCUCUUCCCAACGGCUAGCACCAGCCAAAACCCCAUGGCCGGCACCGGUCGUCCCCUUGCUAGCCCCCGGCAAAGAAGGGCGGCUCGCUGCUCCUCGUCGGCCCGGAUCCCCUCCCGCCUUGCCCAGUCGAUUGUGUUUGACCGGGACGGGCACGCGCAAGACGGCCCGGUGAGCGAUGCCCACCGCUCACCCGCACCUCCGACCGUCACUCACUACGGCAACCCGAUGUUGGGCGCCUACGGCCGGAACGCGGACUCGACGGACCGAGGCAUCCAGGUUUAUUCCGAGACGGCUUCUCCCCUCGCCCAGCCACCUUCCCCUCCUCAUUCUCCCGAGCUGCCCUCGCAGCCCCCCUCAACCCCCACCUCUCCCUCCUUCUACCUCUACUCCCCGCCUGUCGCCGGCCCCAGCCGCCUCUCUGCGGCAGCGCCUCUAGCCCUCUCCAGCCAACGGCCCUUCCCUCGGCUAGAGGCGCUUUUUCGUGUAAGAGAAGCACCCGACGAGGCCGAUUUGCCGGCCAUCCCCAGCACCAAUGCUCGGUCGAGGGAGGGGUCCGUCGACUCCACUUCCGCCCCCUCCACCGUGUUCCUUUCCCCGGCCUCCUCACCCGGGGGAUCGACAUUCGACCCCCGAGCCAUCUUCCGGCCUGUUCCACCUGCCGCCAAACCUCGAGGCGCUCCGCGUGGGCUUCCGUCUGUCCGGGCAUUCGUGCCAGCCAGCCAGACUCUCUCGGCACCGGCCGUCUCAUCCGCGGGGCCAUUCGCAGCCCGGACAGCCGGUGCUGCCACCCGUCGAGUCCCUUCUCGCGGGCUUCCAUCCGUCCGGGACUUCGUGCCCGCCAACCCUCCUGCGCCCGCGCCAUCCUCACGGCCAUCUCAACCGGCCGACACCUCCGCGGGGCCAGGCGCAUUCCAGGCGGAGCUUCCUGGAUCCCGACAGCGAUGGGAAGCUUCCGUUCUUUCGACGGGGGCUCAGCCGGACGCAGCAGGCGCCAGUUCGCCGUAUGACGUUCUCUUGCAGCCUCUGGCCAACACACCUGCGGCAGCCUUCACCACCUCUGCGAGGGCUCCAUCGGCCCUGGCAAGACGGAGGUCCCGGCCUGCUCGGUUGAGUGUCCGCUUCAACUUGCCUCCUGGCUCGAGCCGAUUGCAGACUACCUGGGAUCGAAUUCAGGCUAGCUCUCGUCGAAUACAGGCUAAUUCUCGUGUCCUGCAAGCUCACUCGCGUCGCUUAUUCCCUCCACCUCUGGCCCUGCCAGCGGUACCGACCACCUCAGCCGCGGCAUCUCCUCCUCGCCGCCACAUCCCCUCCCCUGAGUCGGCAUCGACAUACCUCGCCGAGGUGCCGCAGCGUGCCCCCGACUUCCCCCCUCCGACAUCUCCCAUGGCAUCCCCCAAUGCACCUCCUCGCUACUCGCUAGUGUCUCCCCAAGGGAGAACGUCACCGCGGGUGCCUCUGACCUUGAGUCAGUCGGCAGCAAGGUCUGUGCCUCUGGUCCGCGCCGCUUCCCCCUCCCCCUCCCCACUUCCCUCAAGUCAGUCGAGAUCACUUUCUCUGCCUCCGGCACGCGCGCCUUCCCCUUCUCCACCGCCCUCCCCAUUGCCGCAUCCCUCUCCUUCGAUCUCUCCGGCACGCUCCCUCCGGCAUUCUCCGUCGCUCUCCCCGCCAUUGGCUCUCUCUCCACCCGCUUCCCCGCCACCCACCGCCGUGCCUUCUUCACCGGUUUCUCCGGCACGCCCCCUCAUCCGCUCUCCAGCUACUUCCCCGGCACCCACCGUCGUGCUCUCUCCUGGGAUUUCCCCGCCACGCACCCUUGUGGUUUCUCCUCGGUCUUCCCCGGCACGCACUGCCGUGCCUUCUCCUUGGGCUUCCCCGGCACGCACUGCCGUGCCUUCUCCAGCGGUCUCCCCGGUACCCUCCUUCGUGCCCGCGCAGUCACCGGCUGCAAAUGUCGAGGAGACGUCAUCUCGGGAAAUUGCGGUCGGACCGAGCACGAACCCGAGCCAUUCGGGCUAUCAAACCCGAUCGAAGCGACGAAGAGAAGCCGAAGCUGCCACGGGCCCUGCCGCCAAGCGUCGUGAGACUGACCGUCCAGCAGCGAAGGGGAAGGGCAGAGCCCCUGUCAAGCGGCAGCCGAAGAAGCGGACCGCUGUCGAUGAGGCUCCCGAAGCCAGCUCAAGUCGGCCCCGGAAGAUCGCGAAGGCCAGCCCCAAGGGCGACUCAAGUCGCCCUGGGAAGGCCGCGGAGGCGAGCACGAGGGUCAAGCGGGAAGAAGACCCGGGCCAGGCGGCGUUGGUUCGUCGGAAGGCGGGCCGUCCGGCGGGCGCAGGCAAGCGGAAAGCCGCCACCAAGAAGACCGACGCCGAACCAACCAGGACGAGUGCCAGCCGAUCGGCGGAAAGCGCAGGAAACGGGGAGCGGACCUCACCUGCUUUGCGAUACUUCACCCGAUCCAAAGGAAAACGGGGCCCUUGA